AACCUUUACCGAUUGGAAUAGUUACGAACUCGCUAGCUUUUCUUGGUUUGGAAGUUCAGGUAUUAUCGGCUUUGUCGUGCACUUUUGGCGCUUCUUCGUUACUAUGACCGACAAGGAUACAAGUAGAGUUCGCAAAAGAACAUAUAAUAAAAUAAGCGAUGUACAAAGGUCAAAACUACAAGAAUAUUAUGACGGCGGCAUGAAAACAUGCGGUUCUGAUAAUACGGAAAAAAUUGGAGUGGCAGCCGAGGAAACUGGGCUGACUAUUGAUCAAGUAAAGAAAUGGAUUGGAAAUGCCAGACAAAAGGAAAAGAUAAAUUCUGGAGUACAAGCAGCUCCAAAGCCAAUUAAGAUCCCAACUGGUUCACGUGGCUCACACUCCUACAACAUGUUCUGUUCAGAGUAUUUCAAGUCAGAUGAGUGCAAGAAAUUGUCCUUGGCUCAAAAGAACAAAGAAGCUGCCAAGAAAUGGCGUGACAUGACAUCUGCAGAAAAAGAUGCGUUCAAAGGAAAAGCAGAAAGUUUAAAGGCCCCUGAUGUUUCAGAGCUAAGUGAGGCUCAAAAAUCUAAAUUGAUGUCAGUUCACAGAAAAAAUCUUCUAAAUGAGAUCAUGUUUCUAGAAGACUUAGGCUGUGAAUCUUCUCUGAUUUUUCAAGACACUUCAGGCCAAGUGUACAACUUUGGAUCAAGUGCAGGUUUCUCUUUCUUAUGCCUGAAUCCUGACAUCAACAUCAAAUUCCGAGACCACUUUGCUUGCACCAAUGAGAGGUACACAUACAAAGAUGUACAACAGCUAUUCAAUUCCAAAUACAGUGAAGCAAUAAAGAAACCAGGCAGCAGGGUGCCGUAUCUACGUGGGGGUUUUACAGUAGAAAAUCUCCCAGAUGGCAUUUUCUUUAAGAAACCCUUCCAUUAUGGCACUAAACAACUCCAGGCAAUAAUGGAGGAAAAAAGCGAAGUUAAAUUCGUGAUUACCAGUAAUGCAAAUGUAAACUUGCAAAGCAACAGGGAUUUUAUUCCCUCUCCAACUCAGCCUGAAACAGUAGUCACUCUUCUGUCCAGGAUAGUGGACAGACAAUGUGCAGAAAGGGUAGUUAGACUGUCUGACAAGAUUAAAGAACAAGAUGUGGAGGUUGUGGAGUUGAGACUUGACCAGGAAGAGAGACUAAGAUUAAAUGAAUAUAGUUUUUAUUUUGAAGAUGAUGCAUGGCUUGCUGUUGGUGCUAAUAUUCAACACUCCACAGAAGCACAAGGGCUUAUUGUCCCAGUGUUUACUGAGUCAGAAGAUGAGAAAUUCUGGCUUUUCUACACUAUCCAGAAUCCAUCAAAACUAGUCAAAGCUUCAUUUACUUACAAGAUAAAAGGGUAUUGGCUUGACUUACAAGGCCAAUCCAACUACAAAUUACUGAACAAUCAUCAGGAUUAUGUUACUAUUGCCAACUUGAUCAAAAAUGGACCCUAUGGACCAUUAUAUUUUUUGCAGGGGAUGGAAAUUUCAGAUGACCAGUAUUUUAAUAUACCUGAAGUAUUUAACAAUGCAAUAUUUGCUGCCUUAAGAAGUAGCACUAUUAUUUAA